AUGAAAGAAGGCGCAGAAGAGGCGCAAACGAGUCCAUUGGAAGCAAAGAUACAACAAGUGUCGAUCAAGGAUCCAGUUGAAAGAAGACCCAGAUCAAAGGACAAGAAGGAGAGGCAGAAGAAGCGCAAACGAGUCCAUCGGAACCCACCAAGAUGCCGCGAGGAACCGAAGGACGUCAGCAAUUAUCGGUACGAUCAGCUGAGUAAGGACGUGAAAAUGUUCGUGUCCGACGAAGAGGUGGGUCACACUUUCGCUUAUUGGUACAAGAGGUACGGCCUGGUCAUCAGGGAUUCGGUCUUGCCGGAUAGCAAGAAGCGCGAUCUGAUCCUCAUGAAGCUGGACGAGGAUGCAUAUCGUAAAUGCGGAUGCCAUACUAUCGAAACAACCGCACGAAAUCGAUUUCGAGAUCGACGGAUAAACUGCCCGCCGCUGACGGCCAAUUAUGUGCCAUUCCGCGACUACGCUAACAUGGUCAAGCGGGUGGACGAAGACGCUCGACUGAAGGAGCUGGACUACACAGCACUGAAGACACUACAGUUCGUAGCAGGAAUUCAAGAUCCGUCGCUUCGUGAAGUUCGUCUCAGAAUGAUCCGUCGACUGGAUACGCACACAGAGGAUACGCCGUUGACGAUAGAAGACCUCGUUGCUAAAUGUGAGAACUUCACCGCAUUAAAGAUGGACAACACAGACAUGGAAGGAAGUCAUGAUGUACAUGUCGUGCAGAAAAAGAAAGUGAAGUGCUUCAAUUGUGGAUGA